UACUUCACCAUUUUUGCGUCGAGUCCCGGCAGCGCUAUCCUCUGCGUUGUACACGUAAAGAUGGCGGAGGUAUUCAUCUACGCCGAUGAGAGAGUUUCUUUUUACUCCCGUCGCACUACAUUAUGGGAACUCAAGACGUACCGUUGACGCGGGACACAUCUUUCCACACAGCAUACUAUGUCCUGGUGCUCAUCAGCGCAUGGGUGGCCUUCAAAGUUCUGCAGGCAUUGUACAAUGUCUCUCCCCUUCAUCCGUUGAGCCACAUUCCUGGACCGAGAAUUGCAGCGGCAACAUACUUGCUCGAGUUUUACUACGAUGUCGUGAAAUUUGGUUGUUAUACGAAGGAGAUCAAGAAGAUGCACGAGCAAUAUGGUCCCAUUGUUCGAAUCAACCCCAACGAGGUACAUUGCAGUGAUAUCAGCUUCGCGGAUGAGAUCUAUGCUGUUGGUGGCCGGAAGCGCGACAAGCCUCUACACCAGAUUAAUGGUUCAGCUCUUGGACAAGCUGGCUUUGGAACAGUUGAUCAUGACAUUCAUCGUCUGAGGCGCGUCCCACUCGCCAAAUUCUUCUCUCGGGCAAUGAUCGCGCGGCUCGAACCUGAGGUCCAUGGGUUGGUGCAAAAACUUUGUGACAAAUUACUCGCGCAGUCAGGCGAUAACGAGGCUUUCGACAUCGCCAUGGCAUACAGCUGCUUCACGUCUGACGCAAUCUCCAGCUACAGCUUCGGCGAAAGUUUCGGUUUUCUCGACCAGAAAGGAUGGUAUCCGAACUUUCGUGCCCCGACUGCGUCCAUUCUCCGACCGGUUUUCAUCUUCCGUUUUUUCCCUUGGACGAAGGCCAGCGCUGGAUUGGGCAAAGUUUUUGUCGACUAUGUUCCCAAGGAUAUUGCAUUGCUUAUUCGCACCCUUCAAAUCGACCUGCCUGCUAAAGUUAUCAAAGCCAAAGCAGAUAUCGACGCUGGUAUAACGUAUGAUCGACCUACUAUUUUCGCCUCGCUCUUGCAAUCUGAACUGGAACUUUCUGAUAAGGAAACACAUCGCUUAGCUGAUGAAGCGGCCGCAGUAGUUGGGGCGGGAACGGAAACCACUAGCUGGGCCUUGUCUGUCAUGACGUACCAUCUCCUAACAAAGCCGGAUAUCCUCGCAAAGUUGACACGAGAGCUGAAGGCUGUCGUGGAGGACCCAAAACAGCUUCCAGCAUGGCCCGUCCUUGAAACCCUACCGUACCUUGGAGCCGUGAUCCAAGAGGGCCUGAGAUUGUCCUACGGCGUCUCUAGUCGUACUGCCCGCAUACCGACUGAAGAGAACCUGCUCUACCGAGGAGAAUGGAACAAAAAGCCAGUCGAACACGUUAUUCCCCAAGGCUAUGCUGUCGGAAUGUCGGCCUUCAUUACGCACCACGACCACCGAGCAUUUCCUGACUCCUACGCUUUUAUUCCUGAACGAUGGCUGGACGAGGACGGUCAUCGCAGGAAAGAUGUCGAGCGCAGCAUGUUGGCCUUCUCGAAGGGAAGUCGCUCUUGCUUAGGCAUGAAUCUUGCCUUGUGUGAGCUUCAUCUUUGUCUUACAGCAUUGGUACUUCGCGUUAUACCACAGAUGCGCCUCUCUGAUACGACUGAUGAGGAUCUUGCAUACGACCAUGACAUGUUCAUCCCGAUGACGAAGGAAAAUAGGGGUGUGCGAGUUAUCAUCGCGUGGCGAACAUUUAACUCAGGCCCAUGGACAUCGUAUACUGAGAUCGCAUGCCCACAGCUACCCGUCUCAUCAUCCACAGCAAUGUCCACCACGGUCAAUCCUAAUGAGAGGAUCAUCCCUCUGGAUGGCUUACCUCUUGCGAUCCUCGCAAUUUCGUGUGUAUUCUGGGUUCUCUCGGUCAUCACCGUGUCGAUGAGAGCUUAUACACGCAUUUCCAAAGCCAUCUUUGGAUUAGACGAUGCUUUCAUGGUCGCAGGUACUAUCGUCUACACUGCCGCCACCGGCCUUGCCAUAUACGCCCUCCUCGUCGGUCUGGGAAGGCUCGAGGCCGACCUCAACGCAUGGCAACGGAGCGAAGCCAUGAAAUACUACAUUAUAUGGAUCUUGACAUAUGUUCUCGCACUGGCGGUUGUAAAAUCUUCUAUCUGGAUUACCAUCCUGCGCAUUGCGUCGACCAAGAUAAACCUACGCGUCACCGUUUACGUACUAUUGGGAAUCACCUGGGCAUCAUUCUGCAUCACUUUUAUCGGCACACUCUUGUAUUGUCGCCCGGUUAGAACCAUAUGGACGCCUCUACUAGUACUCACGGGGAAAGGCUCAUGUGCACCCGUGGGAACCUUCGUCAUCAUUGGCCAUGUCGCUACGGUCUCUACGAUCGUGACAGAUCUAGCAUUGGUGGUCGUGCCCGCGAUUAUUCUGUGGAACACGCAGAUGAAAAAGCAGCAAAAGCUACAAGCGUUCGGACUGCUAUCGUUCGCCUCGGUGGCGUCGAUUAUCACUAUGGUUCGUAUACCUUACAUCAACAGAUUCGAGGGAAUGACGAACCUACAAUUCUGGGUCGCCCACAUCAUGCUCUGUUCAAACGUCGAAACAGGAAUCGGAUGCGUCGCCUCCUCCGUACCCUCUCUCCGCCACUUCUUCCGCGGUGAAACCAGCGGGGGUAGUUCUGGGCCAAGCAACAAGAGAAGCACACCAGGUCCAAGUAGGGACUUCUUCACCAUUGGUAGUCAGCCGCGACUCACCCCUGCGGAUGGCGGCUUCAGCCUGUCAACCGUACGCCAUGGACGAGAGGAAAAUUGGGAGCCGCUGCACGACGGAGCAUCGGAUCAAAGCGACACACCUAUCGAUCCGAAGGGGUUAUAUAAGAAACAGACGUAUGCGGUGGACAUUGAGAUGAAGCAUUUGGAUGAGGAAAGGCAGGCACGUGGUCGGUAGAUUGAUCGAAAUCAAGAGUAUCU